AUGAAACUCCAGGCCAAGGUGCAACGACUCAGAAGGUACGUGGAACGGUCGGAUCAAUUCCACCAGAACCGGCUGUUCCGCGAAAACACAAAGAAGUUCUACAGGGACCUCAAUCAGAAGCAGAAACCUGUCAUCGAACCACCAUCUCAAUCUGACGUUGAGGACUUUUGGAGGAGCAUACUUGAAGAUGGCAGGCAUCACAACACUGAGGCCGCUUGGAUCCAACGAGAAGUCGAUGCAAAUGCAAAAAUCAAGCCUGAAAAAUGGAAAGACUUCUCUGCUGCCCCUGGCCCAGAUAAAGUCCAUAACUUCUGGGUCAAGCACUUUGAUGCCGUGCACGAACAAUUAGCACGAGCACUUAGUGAGGUCACCAGAGACCCAAGUAUUCUACCAGACUGGUUCACCACAGGAGUGACGUUCCUACUCACAAAAGGCAAGAACACAAAGGACCCAAAGAACUAUCGUCCGAUAACUUGCCUCUCAACAAUGUAUAAGGUGCUAACCGCUUUGAUCUCUGAGAGGAUGUACGCCCAUCUGCUUGGCAACGACGUCCUGCCAACUGAGCAGAAGGGAGGCAGGAAAGCAACGCGAGGAUGCAAAGAUCAACUCCUCGUCGACAAAGCGGUCAUAGAGGACUCGAAGAGAGGCAAACGCAACCUCAGCAUGGCUUGGAUAGAGUACAAGAAAGCCUACGAUAGCGUCUCGCACAGUUGGAUCAUUGCAGCUAUGAAGAUCUACGGAACCUGCCCGACCAUCGUCAAGUUCCUGGAAGCAGCAAUGAAGGAGUGGAACACCGAGAUGCAGCUAUAUCACUCAGGCGGCUGCAUUAAAACUGGUAGAAUUGCCAUCAAAAGAGGAAUUUUCCAAGGCGACUCCUUGUCGCCACUGUUAUUUUGUUUGUCGCUGGUUCCCCUGACCAACAUACUAACUAGCGACAACCUAGGAUAUGUAAUGCACAAAGAGCACAGAGUCAGCCACCUACUAUACAUGGAUGACUUGAAGCUCUUCGCAAAGGAUGACGGUCAACUGGAUCAAGAGCUCGGCAUAGUCAAGACAUUCAGCGAUGACAUCCAGAUGGAGUUCGGACUGGAGAAGUGUGCUAAAGCAACUAUCAGGAAAGGCAAACUUGUAUCAGGGCCAAACGCUAAGCUGAAGGGCGAAACCGAGAUCCGGAACCUUGAUCAGGAAGAAGUCUACAAGUACCUCGGAGUAGACCAGAGCGACGGAAUACAGCACAGUCUCAUGAAGGAGAAGAUCCGGAAAGAGUAUUACCGUCGGGUCAGACUCAUCCUCGACACUGAACUCAAUGCCAAGAACAAGAUGCACGCAAUAAACAGCUUAGCCGUGCCAGUGCCGCAGUACAGCUUCGGGAUCAUCGACUGGAGAGAAAUAGAGAUCCAGGAAAUGGACAGGAAGACCCGGAAACUACUAACAAAGUAUGGAGUCCUGCAUCCGAAGGCUGACAAAGACCGAAUCUAUAUCCCUAGAAGCAGUGGUGGCCGUGGACUCAUCGAGCUGGAAAGUGCAUACAAGAGUGCGAUCGUAGGCCUAAGCGAGUACAUCAAGCGAGGAGAUGACAAGUAUACCAGACUCGUAAAGAGACAUGAAUCAGAGAAGAGGAAAUACUCACUUGUCAACAAAGGCGAUGAAUUCAAGAAGAAGUAUAUACCGCCCCAGCCCGGAGCCCAGUCAACACAGCCAAGUUUGCAAACCAUCAAGCGACAGAUGAAGGAAGGAUUGGCUGACGAGAAAAUCAACACCUACUCGUCGAAGCCUCUCCACGGUCAAUUCUACAGUCAAACAUUCGAGAAUUACGUAGAUAGAAAAUUGACCUUUGGAUGGCUUCGGAGCUCUGGGCUCAAAAGACAGACAGAGAGUCUCCUUACGGCAGCACAAGAUCAGGCGCUGAACACCAGAUACCAUCAGAGGAAGAUCUUGAAGAUGGAGGUGGACAGCAAAUGCCGACUUUGCCAGCAGCAAGAAGAGCAUGUGAGCCACAUAGUUGCUGGAUGCUCGGUACUAGCGCUAAAUGAGUUCACCCAUAGGCACAACCGGAUAGCUAGCUACCUGCACUGGUCAAUUCUAAGAGAGAUUGGCCUCCCUGCAUCUGAUCAGUGGUACGAGCAUCAGCCGGAAAAAGUCGUUGAAACAGAGACAAUCACUGUGAUGUACGACAUGCCUGUUAACACAGAUCGGACCAUUGGAAUCCGCUUUGGUAAAUUAUGGCUCGAGAAAGAACCCAAGGCAAUAAAUCGGGCAGGACCUAAUAGACCGCGCAAGUCCUCCAGUCGAUUCAGCAAACCAGUCAUGGCUCAGCUACGGACGAGGAAAGAGACAGAUCUUUUGUAUCAUCCGGAUGCUGAGGACAUCAGAUCUCUUACUUUGUGCAUAUGCUUGACGUUUGCACUCACUGUUCAAAUUGUGCCUUUCAAGUGCUUCCCCGCAAAGGAAUUAUGGUCUCCUUUGUCACGCUGGAAAGUGAAACACCCCCUCAUCCAGCCAGUCGACCAUAGUGGUAGGGAAGCCACCCUUUUACUAUACAUCACAAGGUUUCUAGACGAGAUAAUGGAAACACAUAACUGUCCAGACACCUGUGCCACGAAGGAAAAUGUGUCUCUGGACCUUCACACAAGUAGAGGUGCUGCCCCUGAGUACUGGUAUGGCAAAUAUCAAAAUCUCCUAAGAACAGCAGAUUUUCAACUUCCCAAGACCUGA